UGCUUUGUCUUCUUCAGUUCAACCGUUUAAGCAACUCCACAAGAGCACACACCGAUUUCUCACCAAAAGUCAAAAACCUCAAUUCAAAGGAAAAAAAUCCGGUGAAACUGUUAAAGGUAUUCAGGGCUGAGAUUGAUAAGCACAAGCUAUAGAUCAAAGAGCUGUGACAUACUUACCUGGGAUCGGUGGGUACAAUUGAAGAAGUCAAUUCAAAUGCCUGAAGAGGACUUGAUUGACAUAAAGUUCAGGUUGUACGAUGGGUCCGAUAUCGGACCUUUCAGGUACUCAUCGGCCGCCACGGUCGAUAUGCUCAAGCAAAGGAUUGUGUCCGAUUGGCCCAAAGGUAAAACAAUCGUCCCAAAGGCAGCAAAUGAAGUAAAACUGAUUAAUUCUGGUAAAAUCUUGGAAAACAACAAAACCGUUGGUCAUUGUAAAGCACCAUUUGGUGAUGUUGCAGGGGGAGUUAUAAUAAUGCAUGUUGUUGUACAGCCAUCUCUAUCAAAAACUAAAGCUGAGAAGAAGAUUGAUGAUUCACCCAAGAAGGUUAUGUGCUCUUGUUCCAUAUUGUGAAGGCAGUUCCUUAAGUUGGAGGUGCUUAUCUAUAAAAAUCAGUUAGCCGUAAACUACAGAAAUCAUUGUCUGGAGCCAAAACCAUUUUACUUUCAGCAUUCAUGUGUAAAAGUCUACGUGCAGUUAUGUAUUCAAAGAGAACGUUUGUGUUGAUUGUGACUUCCAAAAAUUGCAUUCUUUUAUUACAAGUUUUAAAGGGUUGAUAGUGGCCAGUUGAUUUCA